UGAACAGACUCUGUGGACGCCGCGGGUUCGUCGGCAGCUCCGGCUGCGCGCAGGGCGGGCUCCUCGCGGUCCCCUGUAGUCAUUGGUUCGGUGCGGUUUCCUUGGGGACGUGGCGCCGCUGGCGGCCAGGCCUCCUUCCGGCUGUGCCGGCAGCCACGGGGAACCGCUGGGGACCAGGCUGGGCUGUGCAGAGGGACGAGCGGGCCUCGGGAUCCCGCUGCAGCCUUAGGAGAUGCCGGGGACAAGGAGGCCACCUUCUCAGGGCAAAAGGAAAAGAAGGUGACAGACGUUGAGUCUACUGAAGGGAACCCAUGGCUAGGAUCAGUUUUUCCUACCUCUGCCCAGCCUCCUGGUACUUCACUGUGCCCACAGUGAGCCCAUUUCUCCGUCAGCGGGUGGCAUUCCUGGGACUCUUUUUUAUACCCUGUCUCCUUUUGCUCCUAUUAAUCAUGGACUUAGGACAUCGGAGCGCUUCGUCACCACGAGAUAGGCAGUACGAGAGGUAUCUGGCUCGGGUAGGAGACCUUGAAGCCACCAAUAUCGAAGACCCAAAUCUGAAUUAUGGACUUGUGGUGGACUGUGGCAGCAGUGGCUCCCGGAUUUUUGUUUACUUCUGGCCAAGACACAAUGGGAACCCACAUGACUUACUGGACAUCAAACAGAUGAGAGACCGAAACAGCCAGCCUGUGGUUAAAAAAAUCAAGCCAGGAAUCUCCGCAAUGGCAGACACUCCAGAACAUGCCAGCGAUUACCUGCGACCUCUGCUGAGCUUUGCUGCUGCUCACGUGCCCGUGAAGAAGCACAAGGAGACCCCCCUUUACAUCCUCUGCACAGCGGGCAUGAGGUUGCUCCCUGAGAGGCAGCAGUUGGCUAUCUUGGCUGAUUUAGUGAAAGAUUUGCCGCUGGAGUUUGACUUCCUCUUUUCACAGUCACAGGCCGAAGUGAUCUCUGGGAAGCAGGAAGGAGUCUAUGCGUGGAUUGGAAUCAACUUUGUUCUGGGACGAUUUGACCAUGAAGAUGAGUCAGAUGCUGACACUUCCCUGGAUUCGGCAACGGGACGCCGGAGGACGGUGGGGAUACUGGACAUGGGAGGAGCUUCUCUCCAAAUUGCCUAUGAAGUCCCUACCUCAGCCUCUGUCCUUCCUCCCAAACAGGAAGAAGCGGCCAAGAUCCUGUUGGCCGAGUUCAACCUGGGCUGUGACGUGCAGCACACGGAGCAUGUGUACAGGGUUUACGUCACCACCUUUCUGGGCUUUGGAGGCAACUUUGCCCGGCAGCGCUAUGAAGAGCUUGUGCUGAAUGAAACGCUCAACAGAAACAGAUUGCUGGGCCAGAAGACAGGCCUGAGUCCUGACAAUCCAUUUCUGGACCCCUGUCUGCCUGUGGGACUGACAGAUGUGGUGGAGAGGAACAGCCAGGUCCUGCAUGUCCGAGGAAAGGGGGACUGGGCCACUUGUAGGGCGAUGCUGAGCCCCCUGCUGGCCCGCUCCAACACCAGCCAGGCCUCGUUGAAUGGCAUUUACCAGUCUCCAAUUGACUUCAACAACAGCGAGUUCUAUGGCUUCUCUGAGUUUUUUUACUGCACAGAGGAUGUGUUGCGCAUCGGUGGCCGCUACCACGGGCCAACAUUUGCCAAGGCUGCUCAGGAUUACUGUGGCAUGGCGUGGUCAGUGCUAACGCAAAGAUUCAAAAAUGGCCUCUUUUCUUCACAUGCGGACGAGCAUCGACUCAAGUAUCAGUGUUUUAAGUCAGCGUGGAUGUACCAAGUCCUGCACGAGGGGUUCCACUUCCCCUAUGACUACCCAAACCUGCAGACAGCGCAGCUGGUGUACGACCGGGAGGUGCAGUGGACGCUGGGAGCCAUUCUGUAUAAAACCCGAUUCCUGCCUCUCAGGGACCUUCGGCAGGGAGCUGUCCGGCAAGCCCACGGCGGCUGGUUCCGCCUCUCCUUCGUCUACAACCACUAUCUCUUCUUCGCUUGUACCCUGGUGGUGCUGCUGGCCAUCGUCCUGUACCUCCUGCGAAUCCACAGAAUUCACCGCCGACAGACUCGAGCCUCAGCUCCACUGGACCUGCUGUGGAUCGAACAGGUGGUUCCGAUGAUUGGGGUGCAGGUGGGGCCCUGAGGCCGGACCAGAGCUGGAGGAACCCCAGGACUUUAGGAGUGCUGCUCACGGAAUGCCUCCACUUUCCCGAACUGGCCUCGGAUGCUGCUUUGGCCUGGGAAUUUCUACUUUUUCACUUUCAUUCCUUCUUAGUGCCCAGGACAGGACCUUUUCUCAGAAGCCGUAACCUAAUUUGCGAGGAACUAAGUGGCGAGAGGCUGGUGCUAACACAGGGGACUAAGCUUAGCCCAAAUGAGCAUGCUUCUCCUUUAUCUCGGAAAUCUGGUAUGUUUCUGGGAUGUAGCGUUUUCCCCUCUUGCUGAAGCAAGUUUUUGAUUGGGCAACUGGAAUCGCGGUUGAAACCCACUUGGAUCAACUGAUACAAAGCCAGAGACGUUGUGCAGCUGCCCCUGCUUUCUCUGUAACAGAGAUAUCCUUAUGUGGAGAUCCACAGCCUUGAAUAGGGACCCAAGAUCUCUGAGGUUCAGUGGACCAGGAUCUCAAGGCAACCCAAACGAUACAAGCUCCUUGCUUCCUUGACAUCCCCGACAGGGUUGCUGUUGUUAUCUAGAUGGAGAGGUUAAAACCCCUUUACAAUGAAGAUCUGACAGUAUUUUAUCUGAUAUUUGGUCUGGCCAGUACAGAAGACGUUUCCAUGUCUGUGUGCCUCACGGGCUGUUGGGCAUCAAUGUUGCCUUUUGAGCCUUAAGCGUGCUUAUAGAAUGGAGCAGCUGUGAUGGGAACUGGGGACCUGGUUUGCCUGUUUUCAGGCAAAUCUCACAGGCGUAUUUUUCUGUGCAGAAGAUUGGAAGCACCUUUCCUCAUUUCAGUGCUAAGAUCUUAUCUAUUUUGGGAUGGGAUGUAUUUGGGGGUUUUUGUUUAAGGAAGAAUAGGAUCAAGAGAGUGGGCAAAGGCAAUAAAUCAAAGUGUUUUUGUUUUUGUUUUUUUUUGUUUUUGUUUCUCCUUUUGGUUUUUCAGACAGGGUUUCUGUGUAGCCUUGGCUGUUCUGGAACUCACUCUGUAGGCCAGGCUGGCCUGAAUUCAAACUCACAGAGAUCUGCCUGCCUCUGCCUCCUGAGUGCUGGGAUUAAAGGUGUGCGCCACUAUGCCUGGCUUAAAAUCAAAGUUCUUACCUAUUUUUGGAAUGCUUGAAAGAGCAAAUUCUAAACUUUGGAACAACUAGAUAAAUUUCCCAUGGAGCAGCCUGGCCACUUUUUGGACAUGUCACAAAUAGCACUUCCUUUACGGGGAGAGGAAAGCCAUAUCCAUGUUCUCACCCACGGCCUCUCACACUGGCUCCUGUGCAGCCCGUCUUGCAGUUCUGUGAAGAGUCAGUGUUCAUUAGCUCCUCCCUGCCCACCAUGAACGGACUCUUAUUUCCAUAGAAAACCAUGAGGGGCCUGCCUGGGAUUGUUCCCAGGGUGGAAGUAGUAGCUUGACUUCCUCUUUUUGGGAGUAAGGCAAGUCUCUUGAGCCCAAUUUUUUAGGUAGCCAAGGCUAGCCUUGAACUCCUGAUCCUGCCUCCAUCUCCUCCAAGUGCUGGGUUUAAAGGUGCAUCCCAAGACCUGGCUCAUUUCCUUUCCUCUUGCCAAAUCCUUUUAUUUGUAGGGUUAGAAUAGAGAAUAAAAAAGUCAAAAUUUAAGGAAUAAAAAUUGAUUUCUUUGAAAAUAUAUUCCAUAUUGGGAACAGAAAGGAAUGAAAUACUUUAUGAAAUAGAGAAAAAAAAAACAAAAAACAAAAAACUAAAAUGGUCCUAGGGAAGCCAAGGUGAAGACAAGUGUAUUGACUCUGCGGUCAGGCAAGUUCUGAAUUAUUUUCCUUUUCCUUUUUUCUGAGGCAGGGUCUCAUCAUAUGACCCAGGCUGGCCUGGUACUCAGUGAGCCUCCUGCCUUAGCCUUCUGAAAGCUGGGGUUACAGGUGUGCAUCACUGUGUGCACAUUAGAUAAGGAGACAUCUAGCAAAGAAUCCUUCACUUUUACAUCUUUUACUUUUCAUCGGGACUGUCAUUGACAUUUUAAAUUUUAAGCAUCUCUUGAAUUCUGAUUUUGACGUCCCAUGAGUGAGCCUUUGCCUUUUUAAUGCUGCUUUAAGAUGACAAAGAUGUCCUUGCUAGCCAUUUGCCUCCUCAGGGAACUUUUAAUUUCAUCUUGGUUUCUAUAUGCCAGUUUUGGUGUUCUUGGGAGAUCUAGUUCCCAGUGACCCGGGUUUGUGUGACUUCAUUGCUCAAACUGAGGUUGGAGGAGGGAGGAGGGGACCGGUCCAGUUUGGAGGCUCUCCUCACUGAACUUACACUUUGCCCUUUGCCAAGCACUUACUUUGUAUUGCUCUUUAAGACUUCAUGUGUUCUUUGUAUAUUAUUUAAUCAUUAUGACAGCCUUUUGGACUGAUAGCCCUACAUCCUUUUUAUAGUUGAAAAAAAAAAUCUCAGGAUGCCUAUCUUUAUCAUUUUUCAAUAUAAAUAUAUUUCUUAAUUUAUUUUAAUUAGUCUUUGAGUUUUUGUUUGGUACAUUAUAUCCUGUUUACUGUUUUGACAUUAUGGGAUCCGGACUUACCCUUAUUGAUCUAAGACUUCCCGGAGUUCCACAGACUGAGAACAAGAAGGGACACUUGGCUGUGUGAUUGAGAAGAACUGAGCAUUUUGUUCUUGACUGGUCCCGGGUGCUUCCGUCACCCCUGUUGGGCACAUUUCCCGGGGAAUCAGGCAAGUUUUCACUGCAGCUGUUGUAGUCUUUUUUUUUUUUUUUUUUAAUACUUUAGGGUUUUACUUUUAAGCAAUUAGCUUAACUUUGCACAAUUUUUUUCCUAACCACAACAUUCCCGACACAUAAUUACAAUCUGAAUGAAGGUACAAAUGCCUAAUAGAGAUAUCUACCUCAUUGGAGAACUUGGUGGUGAUUCUUGGGCAGUUUCCAGAUUGAGAUUUGUGUGAUUUCAUUUCGGUUGGGAUUAGGAAUUACAGUCAGAGUAGCCGUGGCUGUUUCCGUCUCCUUAGUCCGUCUCCUAGUUUAUGCUUAGCUUCAGUCUUGCUGUUGGCAUGAUAAGACUUCUGCCAAACUUGUGAAGAUUUUGUUGGUGUUACAAAAAUUACUAUGUUCAAAAGUGAGAUGUCAAAACCAAGUUUGGUACCUUUGACCAACAUAGAGUAACAAAUAUUUUUGUAAACAGUGAAUGCAUCUGAAAUCAAAUACUUUUAGGUAAUGUUCUGAAUCCUGAGUGACUCUGUCCUGGACCUCCACCUUGCUCCUAACUGGGAUCUGAUCUAACUGGAAAGCUCUUGCACCCUACUUGGGUUUGUCAAUGCUGGGGUUUCUGCUUCUGUGGGUGGCUCCUUAAGGGUCUAUUGUAAGCCAGCUUUGUCUUGUUUUAUAUCCGAGCAGGCUGCCAUUGUAGUAUUUCACAUUUCCCCUUGCCCCAGUAUUUCAUUAUUUUUGUUUCUUAAUACUAUUAUUAGAGGGACAGAAGAAAAUCACACCAACAGAUCAUUUUGUUUUCUGGAAAUCUGAGCAAUAAAGAGAUCCUUUUAUAAGUGGAAUUAUUGCUCAUAUAUAAGGGCUUCCAUUUUUUUCAAUUAUAAGGAGAUCAUUGCUUCCAUUUUUAUAAAACCAGAGUUGCAAAUAUUCUGAGUCAUAGGAGGUCUAGUCAUGCAUGCAUGUCAGACAAGCUUGAAAAUGUGUCUCCUCCUGAGCCCUCUUUAAAGUAGGACAACUGCUGAUAGACAUCCCCCGCCCCAGCCUGCUAGUCUGUUCCCUCUGUGUGUCACUGUUUACAGGAGUGCAACACCUGAGAUCACUUAUGAAGAGAAAAGGGUUGUAAGGAUUCAGUUUUAGAGUCCAGCUCAGUAGUCCAGGGCCCCUUUUGCUUUGAGCCUGUGAUGAAGAAGUGUACUUUGUGGCAGAACUGCUUAGCUUACAGCCAGGAUGCAAGAGAGGAAGACAUUGGGAGUCUCCUAUGUCCUCCAGUGACUUAAAGACCUAUGAAGCUAUGCCUGCAAGGGUCCCAGCAUCUCCCAAUAAUGUCACCCUGGGACCAAGCCUUUUACACAUGAGUCCUUGGAGGACAUUCCAGCCCUAAACUACAGCAUGAUUUGAAGGCAGUCCUGGCAGUUCCUAAGCAGCCCACCAUGGAGCACGACCGAGUUUGGCAGUCAAGGAUUUGCCUCUUCAGCUUCUUAAGGCUGCCUCUGCCAGCAGGUGUUUCUGCUUCAAAUUCUCCUUCACAGUUUCUGUCUACUGAAGAUGAUCUUUACCUCUAGUGUGGUCCCUGCAGUGGCCAUGGCAUCUCCACGGUGAUCUACAGUCAGAUGUGCUGCACCUGUGGCUAGGCCUGCUUUCCAGAUGCUUCACAUUAGAUAAGAAUUUUGUGGAAUUCUUAAAUUUCAUGAAUAGUUCUUAAUAUUCUGAUGAACAUAAAGUUCUAGAAAAUGUGUACUGUGCUGGAAUGGUGACUCAGUCACCCUCAUGUGGGGGCAUAGCUCGGUGUUACACAUGCCAAUCUAUAAGCUACCAUUCACCCCAGGACCAGAAGGAGGGCGGCAGGGAAACUGUAAAAUCACGGUUCUCCAGAGUCGGUCUUUGCAACCAACCUCACUUGUGGCAGUCGCUAACUCUGCCAUAGUAGACGCUUAUCUCAGAGUAGGUUAGUCAACAAUCUGGGCCACUGAGAUAGCUCGGCAGGUAAAACCACUUGCCACAUAAGCCUGGCAACCUGAGUUUGACCCCAGAACCCACACCAAGGUGGCAGGAGAGAACCGAUUCACACGAGUUGUCCCCUGACCUCUGCAUGCACAUGCAUGUAUAGUAUGGAUUCCCCUGUCAUAUACAUGCACACAAAAUAGUAAGUAAAUUCUUAAAAAAAUUAAAUGAUGUAAUGAGAGUUAUGGCGUAAUCAACCCAAAGGGGCUGGUAAAAGGAAAAAAUUAAAUCCUGGGUUAGCUGAUUGAAAAUACAUGUUUUAAUUACCUUUAUGUUUAAAAACAAUUGACAAAACUGUUGAUAGACUGUUGAAAACAUUAAAGGAAAUUUAUUUGA